AUCAGCUCGCUAUAAAGCGGCGCGGCUCGCGCCGGGCACCCAGCGCCUGCGCCGCCCGAGCCGAGCCGAGCCCGACCCGCGGACGGGCAACGCCGCCGGCGCUGAGCCUGGGCCGCCCGGCUCCCCUCAAUCUUCAGAUCCCGCUGAAGCUCUGCCAAGAUGUGCGACGAUGAGGAGACCACCGCCCUCGUGUGCGACAACGGCUCCGGGCUGGUGAAGGCGGGCUUCGCGGGCGACGACGCUCCCCGCGCCGUCUUCCCUUCCAUCGUGGGCCGCCCGCGCCACCAGGGUGUCAUGGUGGGCAUGGGUCAGAAGGACUCCUAUGUAGGUGAUGAGGCCCAGAGCAAGCGAGGUAUCCUGACUCUCAAGUACCCCAUUGAGCAUGGCAUCAUCACCAACUGGGACGACAUGGAGAAGAUCUGGCACCAUACCUUCUACAAUGAGCUUCGCGUGGCUCCUGAGGAACACCCCACUCUGCUCACUGAGGCCCCCCUAAACCCUAAGGCCAAUCGUGAGAAGAUGACCCAGAUCAUGUUUGAGACCUUCAAUGUCCCCGCCAUGUACGUGGCCAUACAGGCGGUGCUGUCCCUGUAUGCUUCUGGCCGUACCACAGGCAUUGUUCUGGACUCUGGAGAUGGUGUAACUCACAAUGUCCCCAUCUAUGAGGGCUACGCUUUGCCCCAUGCCAUCAUGCGUCUGGACCUAGCUGGCAGGGAUCUCACUGACUACCUCAUGAAGAUCCUCACUGAGCGUGGCUACUCCUUUGUCACCACUGCUGAACGUGAAAUUGUCCGUGACAUUAAAGAGAAGCUGUGCUAUGUCGCCCUUGAUUUUGAGAAUGAAAUGGCCACGGCUGCCUCUUCCUCCUCCCUGGAGAAGAGCUAUGAGCUGCCUGACGGCCAAGUCAUCACUAUCGGCAAUGAGCGUUUCCGCUGCCCCGAGACGCUCUUCCAGCCCUCCUUCAUCGGCAUGGAAUCUGCUGGUAUCCAUGAAACAACUUACAAUAGCAUCAUGAAGUGUGACAUUGAUAUCCGCAAGGACCUGUAUGCGAACAAUGUCUUAUCUGGAGGUACCACCAUGUACCCUGGUAUUGCUGAUCGCAUGCAAAAGGAGAUCACUGCCCUGGCUCCCAGCACCAUGAAGAUUAAGAUUAUUGCUCCACCUGAGCGUAAGUAUUCUGUCUGGAUUGGGGGCUCCAUCCUGGCCUCACUCUCCACCUUCCAGCAGAUGUGGAUUAGCAAGCAAGAGUACGAUGAGGCAGGGCCAUCCAUUGUCCACCGCAAAUGCUUCUAAGGUGCCUUCUUUCUUAGUCUACCUUCAUUCAGGGUGACAGUAUUCUGCUUCUUGGAGUUUUCCGAACCUCCCUCCCUUAUCUCAUCAAUCAUUGUACAGUUUGUUUACACAUGUGCAAUUUAUUUGUGCUUCUAAUAUUUAUUGCUUUAUAAAUAAACCAUACCAGGACUUGCAAAUAACAAAA